AUGUCUGACAUGGAAACAAAAAUGAAAAGCAUCCAGUCUAGGAUAUCUGAAACGGAGAAGUUUUGUGAAUUCGUAGCCAAAGACAGUGAUUCUAUUAAAACCGAAAUCAAGGAUACAAAAAAUGAAAUUAAAAACGUUAAAACAAGCUUUAAAAGCUUUCAAAAUAAGUCAUCAGAUUUAUAUGAACAACAAUCUAGACUAGAAGAACAGAUGACUAAUCUAGAGUUACAGUCACUUAGAAACAAUCUAUUAUUCUAUGGAAUUCCGGAAGGGAGCGCAACAGAGAAUUGCGAAGCAUUAGUCAAAGACAUGUGCAAAGAGUAUUUGAAAAUUGAGGAUGCAGACUCCUUUACAUUUGAAAAAGUUCAGCGACUGGGGAAACGGACUGGCUCAAAAAAUCACCCGACUCUCGCAAAAUUUCAGUUUAGGCAUCAGCGAGAACACGUUAGGACUGUUUCGUUCGACUUGGCAGAUGACUCGGAGGCGGCCAGACACGGAGUAGGAGCACAUCUUGGAUUCAAUCUGGAACAACUGAUAGACCUUCCUGAUUCAAUCAUACUUAACAGAAAGAUCUCAGAAAAUGAGGCACAAGAUGAAAGGAGAAAGUCAUUGUCGGAAGAUGAAGUCGAGAUUGUAGAAGAGGAGCAGGAAAGCUUACCUGAACUGACAACUGAAAUGGAAAAUGUGAUCAACAAUGCAUUGUCACCAGGAAAUCCUGAUCAAGUUCUGGUAGACAAGUUCCACCUUCAGAUCACCAAGGGUGAUAUUGCCAGAUUAUCUGGUUCAAACUGGCUCAGUGAUGUGGUUAUCAAUUUCUACAUGAAUCUACUGAUGGAAAGAGGUGAGCUGGAGGGAUGUUCCAAGGUGUAUGCCUUUAAUACAUAUUUUUAUCCUAAAAUGAUGAGUGGAGGUCACUCUGCAGUAAAAACAUGGACGAGACGUGUGGAUGUUCUGGCUGUGCAUUACAUUCUCAUACCAGUACAUCUUGGCAAACACUGGUGUCUUGCAGUCAUUAACUUUAAAAAGAAAGAUAUCCAGUAUUACGAUUCAUUGGGAGGUAUUAAUCAAAAAUGCCUAUAUGCUUUAAGACAGUACCUCUGUGAUGAAAGUAUGAACAAAAAAAACACUGAAUUCAACUUAAAUGGAUGGAAUUCAACUAUUAUGAAAGAUUUACCUCAGCAGAUGAAUGGCAGUGACUGUGGUAUGUUUGCUUGUAAAUAUGCAGAGUACAUCGCAAGAGAUGCUCCUAUUAUAUUUACCCCGGAAGACAUGCCAUACUUUAGAAGAAGAAUGGUAUAUGAAAUUGUGUCAGCAAAUCUGUUACAGUGA